GGAGGGGUGAAGUGGAGAGAGUAGUCCCCUACGCCUUUGUCGUCCACACUGUCAUUAGGUUCUCUCGCCUCUGCACGGCAGCCGCUGCUCCUCCUGCUGCUCUUCAUAGGUUUAAUAUCAUAGUCGGGCUCAGACGGACGGCUCUGAGCUCGAACCCCCUUUUUCCAACCCCCCGUGUGCGCGCGUGUGCGUGCAUGUGUGCCUUUGUUUGCCGUUUUUCGCGUUUCCUUCCCCCCCUCCUCUCUCUCUCUCUCUCUCUCUCUCUCUCUCUCUCGCGAGGCGAAACAGGAUUGUUGGCUGUAACAAAAGCGAGCCGCCCCCCAUCCAGCUGCUCACUUCACGGAGAAGGAGAAGGGAAACGAACCCUCUCGUCUCGUCGCAUGGUGGUGUUUUCACGCGCCGGAGCGGAUCGACAAAUGCAGAAAAGAGAGAAAAGUUUCGGCUGAUUCCGGUUAUAUAGACUACAUCUGUUCAACAGUGCUUCGAUCCUGAGGAAAAGGGUGACGUGCAUAUUCGGUGCAUUUGGGUUGCGAACCCUCUGGUGGACGGAGUGGAGUCCAAACUCUAAAGUCAGCUUGUCUUGGUAAUGACUGUGCGGUGUGAAGCGCUGCGGAUGAGCGCCGCUGGCCUGGAACGGAGGUGAUCAUCAGCGCGCGCGUCUCACACCGUCCCAUCCGGUCUGAUUAAAAGGUAUACAAAUGCUUUCCGUCCAGCCGGACACCAAGCCAAAGGGCUGUGCCGGCUGCAACCGGAAGAUCAAGGACCGCUACCUGCUGAAGGCCCUGGACAAAUACUGGCACGAAGACUGCCUAAAGUGUGCAUGCUGUGACUGCCGCCUUGGCGAGGUGGGCUCCACGCUGUAUACCAAGGCCAACCUCAUCCUCUGCCGGCGGGACUACCUCCGGUUGUUUGGCGUGACGGGGAACUGUGCAGCCUGCAGCAAGCUCAUCCCAGCCUUCGAGAUGGUCAUGAGAGCCAAGGAAAAUGUCUAUCACCUGGACUGCUUUGCCUGCCAACUCUGUAACCAGAGGUUUUGCGUGGGGGACAAAUUCUUCCUGAAGAACAACAUGAUCCUGUGUCAGACGGACUACGAAGAGGGGCUGAUGAAGGAAGGCUAUGCCCCGCAGGUCCGCUGACCCCAACACGACACUUUCGCUUGUGGGGAGAGAGCUGAGAGAGGACCUGAAAGGAGACAUGCAGUCAGACACCAAAAGCACUACCUUCCUCUCCAGCCCUUAUCCUUGAUAAUGUACAUAAGAAACGCCCACUAUGGGGCACUGCUGUACAGAAUAGCCAUAGAGACUUGUUGUGAGUUGGGAAGGGGGUUUUGCAAGUCCCUCUGAGCAAAGUGGCGCUGGUCUUGGAUAUUGCUGUGGCUCUUUUGAAACAACCCUUCUCCCCUGCCCCUAAGACCUGUGGCCUCAUGGAGACAAUCCACCCAAAGGCCUGACAACUCGCACACCUAUACACGCAUCAAACCCUGCAAAAAAAAAAAUAAAAUGCAAGCAUAGUCUUAGACCCCUCUCCACUGACUCCUGUUUCACUCUCAGGCUAAGGACCAUAAUGAAAAAAAAAAAGGGAAAACAAUCAUUGAGUGAUGAAAAGCUAUAAAUGUCGUCCUGUCAGCUGGGAGCAAGGGAGCCAUGUCAAUCUAAGAUCUCAGGUUGAGGGGGUUUCCUUAUUUCUAUUACUUUGCUUCUCUUUUCCUUUUAUGAGAAAAAGCCCUGUCCAGCUGAGCACAACUUGGUUCUUUCUCUCGCCUCUUUCCUAUCGGUUCAGCAGAUCUGCUGGAAUUUCUACACUGACGCAACUGUAUUACUAAUAUUAUUCAUGUUCUGCUUGCUUUGUAUGUAAAACAACCUCCAGAGAUCAUUGGUCAGGACACUGUAGGGAUUUGGCACACAAGUCAGUUUAUGUGGGAUGGGAGGAUGGUGUCUGAUUUACUUCUUUUAUACGAUGUAUUUAUUUGAACCUUUUUUGGUUGUUGCGCAUUAUACUGAGGCUUUGUCCUUGACAUGUUUAUACUUGAAUUGGAUCACUGUCCAGUUGCUGAGCCUCUUGUCCAGACACCAGAAAGUCUGGCCUCAUUACUGCACUCUGACAAACACUUGUUGAACAACAAGUCAGCUCACAUAAACCGGAGGUGUGUAACCUCUGAUUUACUGGCUUUGACGAGUUUGUCAAAGUGCAUGUUAAUGCUACUGUACCGCAUUUAAGCAGCAUCCAACUGACACUUCAGUUAUCUUCUGAAAGUGAGAGGCAAAGCCUCAAGAAAAGACAAACUGAUUUGUAAAUGAUGGUUGUACAUAUUUGAAAAAUUAAAGUAUUCCUUUUGGCUUGCUAUUAAAUAAUUUUCUUUGAAGUGACACU